UCACCUCGUUUGGUGACGAGCGAGACCGAAUGCGCACACCAAACCUAAUCAGAGGGUCCCAAUAAAAAGCAUAAUGCAAUUAUAUAUUCACAUGUUCCAAGACGAAGGGCAUCCCUGGCAUUUCUCAGAGUCCUCUCCUCGACCCACUCUCUCUCACACACUCUCUUUCUCUCUCCUUCUCCCUCUCUCUCUCCACGGAAUGGAUGGAAAGUGAGGACGACGAACGAGGUUGAAAGCCAUUAGAAACUCAGUUGGUUGAGGGCUUUGGUGCCCAGUAGAAGGCCGAUAGGCAUAGCGCAUGUCUUUCCUAGAGAGACGAAUGAAAUCAGACAUAACCUAAAGAAGUGACCCACCAAGCAAGUGAACAACUCAAAAGAAACAAAUCGACCAAAAUCGACAUAAAGGCUAUGCUCAGAGAUUGCAGAAGUCAAUAAAUCCACUUUUCAAUGGAAAUCCCUCGCUGCUCACUUCCUGGACGGACAAUCAAAGCCAUCCCUCGUUCUCGUUCGCUUCGUUGAAAGAAAACCAGCUCCUUCCAGUCAUGUCUUUUCGAGCACCCGGUCAAAGAAACUCGAUCACCUUGGACUCGCUGCCACUCCCAACAGCGUCUUCCUCUCGCCUUGGGCCCAACCUGGGCCAAAGGUCAACGGAAAUGAUUACCUCACAUUUGUAUCGAUGUUACUCCGCGCAAGCGUGGCACUCUUCGGAUCUGACCAUAGUCUGUGAAGAUGGGACUCUCCCGGCUCAUCGUCUGGUCUUGGCAGCCGCCUCACCACAAUUUCUCAGGCCUUUGUUGAGCGAGGAUUUCCAGCGAGGCGACCAGGAACAAUCCCAUCUCAUUUGUCCCGAGAUCAAGACGGGUGAGAUGGCCCAGGUUUUGGCACUGAUCUACACGGGCGCGUUUGUCUUGCGAGCUCGGAAAGAGGAUCAACCAGCUAACGAGUACGAAGACUGCGUGGAUUUGGUCGCCACAUUAGGCAUCCCCAUUGAAGAGUUUGUUUUAGAAAAAGUGCCCAGAUCUAUGCCCGACGAAGCCAAUGGGGCAAUUCAAGACACCAUAACGGGAAUAAGAGUGCUGGGCUCCAAGUCAUCGAAUGCCACUCCCUCACCCACGUUAACGAAGCGAGUAGGUCAUGCGUCGGACUUGGAAUCCGCUUACACAGACUCGCCGCUGCUGAGACGAAACCUCGAAGGUCACCAAGAGCGGGAACAAGAUCCACCAGGAUUGCUGGAUUCAUUGCCAAGACAGUACAUGGAAAAGAAGAACCAUUUGCCUUAUCGCCAAUCUCCAGCGGAGGACACGCCUCCCGUUCCCGUGUCUGCCACUGCCAUCAUUAGUCAGCGUGACUCUGGUCAGAUCUCCCGUGGUGCUGGUGGGGCCCUCCUCAUUGUUCAGUACAAGAGAGGCCAGAGCAAACUUAGUCGUUUGGCUCUCGAGCACGACAAUAACAAUGGCCAAGGCAAAAACACCUCGGAUAAAGCAAUUUUUGAUUCCCCAAGGGACUCUCAGGGUCUUCGCCAUGAACUCAGCUCAAUGAUCGACGAAUUAGCUCAUCCCAUUUCAAAUUCGAGUCGCAUGGCUGAAAAGCGAUACGCAAUUCUGACUCCCCAGAGCUCAAUCACUUCCUUGUAUUCCAAUAGCUCAUCGGUUUCCGACUUUGAGAGUGGCAUAGGAUCUGAUACUGCUUCCAGCAUUGGCGAAGAAGAGAAUCCGAGCAAUACGAAUGUUUCCCACGGCCUACCUUCAGAUCACGCCAAUGCGACUACGUCUACUUCUUCAUCAUCACCACCAUCCUCUUUCUCCCAUAUUCAAGUAACGGAUCCCUUUGCUGGACUUGAUCAAGGAUCAGUCAACCCUUGUCUCUUAACCAACGACGACUCAAUGCUCACCAAUUCAAUGCCCGAAGAUGCCGACCUUAACACGGCCAUGGAAACAAAUCAAAAUGGCGAGGACGAGAUCCAGUACAAAUGUGAGUUAUGUGGAGAGCGAUUCCGUUUACUCGAAUUUCUGCAACAUCAAACUCUCCACAAGGAUGAUGCGCCCUAUCAAUGUUCAAAUGAGAACUGCCUCAAGAAAUUCAAGACUCAAUCCGAGUUCCGCGCUCAUCGCCGGGUGGCUCAUAAGUCUUUAAUGAGCCCCUAUAAAACUUUCUCGAGCUCAUUGUCCAUGCCCCUCGGUUUGGGCGCAAGCCCCGCACAGGCCCCUUCAACUGGGAAUCUGGGCUCAAGACCUGAAGACAGCUUCAAAUCAUUGGAUUCCCGCCGCGGACCCAUCGCAGUGUGCUUCAGCUCACAACCAAAGACGGACACCUCCAACAGUUCUGUUUCGCAAUGCAGUACUAGUGGCAAUUUCAUCUGCCCAUUCUGCAGUACGAGCUUUCAUGACCUUGGCUUACUUCGCACUCAUUUGCACACUCAUACCGCAACAACGACCCUGAUGGGGAAGAUCACCAGUCUGGGCUCUAACCCCGAAAAGUCGGUCAUUGUAGGUACCAAUAUGGGCGGGGCCAGUGCAUUACGUUCCAAAGCCCACGGCCCCAUCCAUUACCAGUGUCAUUUAUGCCCUCGACACGAUUUCAAGUCACCUGAUGAGCUCAAGAGCCAUCUCAUCGAGCACAAGCUUCCCAAGUCUUUGGCCAAGGGGAUCUUCACUUGUCGCAUGUGCAGCACUGCCCACGUAACAUGGGAAGUGUUUGCCCAACAUUUCCUCUCCACACAUGGGUCGGUUCCGCGAGUCGUUCUCAAGUACAAAUGCGUCCCGUGCGGCCUUUCAUUCAACUCUCGAUCGGACUACUUGACGCACAACAGCACUAAACAUGCCUCGGCCAUUGGUGCCAUUGGAAGGCCAAUCGAAGAAAAGGCCAAUGAUAUUGCGUGUUCCACUGAUUCCCCUGCUUGCGGAAUUGAGGGGGCUGAUCGUUAUCCCAACCCAGACAAGACCAUGGAUUCCGAUUACUCGAAUUCGACAAAUUCGAAAACCUUGAAUAUAAAGAAGGCAGCUGGUGCGGCCGACAAGACUGAUGGCGAAAUUGAUUGCCAAGUGUGCUACCGUUCUCAUGUCAAGGGACUCUCGUGCGUUCCCCGAAAGCAGUGCGAAAUUUGUCGAACGUUGUUCAAGUCGGCCAAAUCUUACAAACGACACAUGGACCAAUGCCAUCGCUCCAAUGGCCCUAAGCAUUUUUGCAAGAUCUGUUCUAGAGCCUUCAAGCGUUCCGACAACCUCGCUGCCCACUAUAGAGCAGUUCACUACGGAGUUAAACCCAACAAAUGCGCCGAUUGUGGCAAGGGAUAUCGCACAAAGAACGAGUUAGCCAAGCACAAAGGCACUUGUCACAAAACCCAUCCGAUCACACCACAAGUGGGCCUGAUGGUCUCUCCUUCUCCGCAGUCUCCAGAACAGGCGAAACUCCAUCGGCAUCAGAGCCACCACCACCAACACCACCAACAGGAACAACAACAAAACCCGCCAGAACAACACAUGGAUGGUUUCCAACGGCUACCUUUGUUGGGACAGUUCGAGUCUGAUCCCUGUGUCAUCUACCGACAUGAAGGAGUCGGUCAAGGCAAUAAUGACAGCAACAAUAAUAAUGAUAAUAACAACAAUGAGGACGGUGACCCGAAUAAUUUGCAUAACAAUACUCCCGCUGAUAUUCUUCUUGAUCAUCCACCUCCUCAUAAUAAUGAUGAUAGGAAUCAUAAUGGUCGCAGUGACAGUGUUAGUAACGGUGAGUGUAACCAGCUUUCUUCCACCGAAACUCUUCUAAACGACGAGGAGAGAUUAGCUUCCAAAUACUUGAACGAUGUGAUCUUGAAUCGAGAUGACGCUGCUGAAGACGAUGACGAUACUGACGAUCUGCUCAAUCACAUGAAGCCCCAUUUUGAAGACAUGGGCGAUUUCGAUGAUAUUUUUAAGGCCACUACGCAAAGUUUAGUAGGCUCCAUCUAAUUAGGACAAUUGUUGUUACCGUCUGAGACGUAGACUGUUCGUUCAUCAUUAGUACUUCAUGAUUCACUCAAAACUCAUCCAGACUUUGUUAGAUUGUACAGCUUUCCUUCCCGCACAUUACUUUUGGACAAUGACAACAACACCCAGUUCUAGAUCAAAUUUCUUCCCCUUUGAAUCAUUUGUUAGUGAUAAAUCGAAUCAUAUUCUCGCUGCUUCUUACGAUGACGACAAUUCAACAACCCCUUUUGUGAUGAUGAACCGUGUAGUUGUUCCCUCUUCAACUUUUUCCUCAACAACGAUCUCUUCCCUUAGUCACAAGUCAAGUUCUACGUGCAUUUGAAAUGCCUCAUUCCCAGCAACUCUUUAAAGCCAUACAUGACUGGAAACACAUAUCUCACAUCUGGCCAGUCGAAUAACUGAUUUGCUCACUAAAACAAUAACAACGGCUGAUUGUGCUGGACUUGUCAGUUUAACAACAUGAUAACGAAGCCAGUAGAAAUUUGAAAGAAGACAUGGUAAGGAAUCCCCGCAACAAAAACCUCCGAGCUGCAGAGCUACAGAAAUAUGUACUCUACAGUAUAGCGUUUUUAAUGAGUAAAAGAACAACACUACAAUAUUCAUUCAAAUUAGUACCUUCAAAAAAAGCAACCUGUACUUCCCGUUUUUCCAAGAAGAAUUCAAACUCUUUAAUCCCGAGUCCUUGACCGGGACGUGCUUCUCUCAUCCUUGUACAAGAUUCAAGAGUUAACCGAUGACGCACUUGUUGAUUAGAGCCACACACACUACCCAAUCCUCAAACACAUUCCUAUCUUCCAAGCGCUUUAUUCUCACCUCCAAAAGGUCUCUAUAUAUUUCUGCUCAAUCAUUCCCAUUGUCCGAUUGAUAGGUUUAUGGAAUAACUUCUGAUCAACUCUUUAUCAUUAUAUAACAUUGUUUCGUUGACAUAAUGAAAAUAUACCACUUCCAAGUAUCAAAAUAAAGACUUCGGCCAAAAAGCGACAGGUUAUUUACACACAUAGAUGCAAAACACAAUGACCGCAAUGGUCCUGCCCCUCUGCUUCUUUGCUUAAAUCUUAUGUUAAGUCAUU